AUGGCUUUCCUUAUUACUGCCUCGCACGUCACUAUGACAUUUCCAUUUCUCAGCUUUCGUCAUGUCAGCAGCAGCUCUGCGCAGGCUCUGAAGUGGUUGGUGAACCUUAUUGCUGCUUCUCAGGAGAUCAACUACAUCGUCGUGGGCACGACGUACUUGUUCUUUUACCGAGCACUCAAAGCUCAAGGAGUAGACCGACAAACCUUGCCUUACAGAGGUCAACCGUACGUCAACAUUUUCGGCUUGACCGUUGUCACGAUUGUCGUCUUCAUCCAGGGGUACUAUGUCUUCUUACCGGGCGGAUGGGACGUUGGUAACUUCUUCACCUAUUACACCAUGGUAUUCGCCUGUGCAGUCUUCUUUCUCAGCUGGAAGCUCCUAAAGCGGACCAAAUUCGUGCACCCUACAGCGGCAGAUCUGGUGUGGGACAAGCCUGCCAUCGACGCCUAUGAAGACUCUGGGUCUGUGGGAAGAUAUAUGGAUCUCGUUCCUGGCAACGCUGCGUGUUAG